GCCGAGCAGCGAACACCCCAAACAAUCCCCAGCGCCGCCGCCAAAUUAAAUAACCCCGACCCGCCCGCGCCCCGCGCCCCCUCCGCGCCCACAGCCCGGCACCGGCCGGGACGGGCGCGCAGCCGGCGAGCCGCGCCGGGGAUACGGGAGCGGAGCUGCGUGCCGGGGCCUCCUCGCUGCCUACGCCGACACUGGGCAAGAAGUUGUCUGCUACAAAGGAAGAAAGAAAAGUAAGCUUGUACUUCAGACUGCUUUUUGAAUAUCUUUCUAAUACAGUGGUGUUCCAGAAGAUGAUAAAGAAAUGAUAGCAGCUCCAGAAAUACCAACUGAUUUUACUCUCCUUCAGGAGUCUGAAACACACUUCUCUUCAGAUACAGACUUUGAAGAUAUUGAAGGAAAAAACCAAAAACAAGGCAAAGGCAAAACCUGUAAAAAGGGAAAAAAAGGACCAGCAGAGAAGGGAAAAAGUGGAAACGGAGGAGGGAAACCUGGUGGUCCGAAUCGGAUGAAUGGACAUCACCAACAGAAUGGUGUGGAAAACAUGAUGCUCUUUGAAGUAGUUAAAAUGGGCAAGAGUGCUAUGCAGUCUGUAGUGGAUGACUGGAUAGAGUCAUACAAACAUGACCGAGAUAUAGCACUUCUUGAUCUCAUUAACUUCUUUAUUCAGUGUUCAGGCUGCAAAGGAGUUGUUACAGCAGAGAUGUUCCGACAUAUGCAGAAUUCUGAAAUUAUCCGAAAAAUGACUGAAGAAUUUGAUGAGGAUAGUGGAGAUUAUCCACUAACUAUGGCUGGUCCCCAGUGGAAAAAGUUCAAAUCCAGUUUUUGUGAGUUCAUUGGAGUGCUCGUCCGACAAUGUCAGUAUAGCAUCAUCUAUGAUGAGUACAUGAUGGACACUGUCAUUUCCCUGCUCACGGGGCUGUCAGACUCACAAGUCAGAGCCUUUCGGCACACUAGCACACUGGCAGCCAUGAAGCUGAUGACUGCUUUAGUGAAUGUGGCAUUAAAUCUAAGUAUUAACAUGGACAACACACAGCGGCAGUAUGAAGCAGAACGAAAUAAAAUCAUUGGGAAACGAGCUAAUGAUAGGCUGGAACUCUUACUACAGAAGAGAAAGGAGCUUCAAGAAAAUCAGGAUGAAAUAGAAAACAUGAUGAAUGCAAUAUUUAAAGGUGUUUUCGUGCAUAGAUAUCGAGAUGCAAUUGCUGAAAUAAGAGCCAUCUGUAUUGAGGAGAUUGGAAUAUGGAUGAAAAUGUACAGUGAUGCCUUCCUCAAUGACAGCUACUUAAAAUAUGUGGGGUGGACUAUGCAUGACAAGCAAGGAGAAGUAAGACUCAAAUGCCUAACUGCUUUGCAAGGGCUUUACUAUAAUAAGGAGCUUAAUUCCAAAUUGGAACUCUUCACCAGUCGGUUCAAGGAUAGAAUUGUGUCUAUGACUCUUGACAAAGAAUAUGACGUUGCAGUCCAAGCAAUAAAAUUACUCACUCUUGUUUUACAGAGUAGUGAAGAAGUUCUGACUGCAGAAGACUGUGAAAAUGUCUACCACCUGGUUUAUUCAGCUCAUCGGCCAGUGGCAGUUGCCGCAGGGGAAUUUCUUUAUAAAAAGCUUUUCAGCCGCAGAGAUGCUGAAGAUGAUGGAAUACUGAAAAGGAGGGGAAGACAAAGUCCAAAUGCUAAUCUUGUGAAGACUUUAGUGUUUUUCUUUUUGGAAAGUGAAUUGCAUGAACAUGCUGCUUAUCUUGUGGACAGCAUGUGGGACUGUGCAACAGACCUCUUGAAGGACUGGGAAUGUAUGAACAGUCUUCUGCUGGAGGAGCCUCUCAAUGGAGAAGAACCUUUAACAGACAGGCAGGAAAGCGCUCUGAUUGAAAUCAUGCUUUGUACAAUUCGGCAAGCGGCUGAAUGUCAUCCUCCAGUGGGAAGAGGAACGGGGAAAAGGGUGCUGACAGCAAAGGAAAAGAAAACCCAGUUGGAUGACAGGACAAAAAUUACUGAGCUUUUUGCAGUGGCACUUCCUCAGUUGCUAGCAAAGUAUUCUGUAGAUGCAGAAAAGGUCACCAACUUACUGCAGUUGCCACAAUACUUUGAUUUGGAAAUUUAUACAACGGGACGAUUAGAAAAGCAUUUGGAUGCCUUACUGCGACAAAUUCGGGACAUUGUGGAGAAGCACACAGAUAUAGAUGUUUUGGAAGCCUGUUCAAAAACCUACCACGCUCUCUGUAAUGAAGAAUUCACAAUCUUUAACAGAGUUGACAUUGCAAGAAGUCAGUUAAUAGAUGAAUUGGCAGACAAGUUUAAUCGACUGCUUGAGGACUUCCUGCAAGAGGGGGAGGAACCUGAUGAAGAUGAUGCAUAUCAAGUCUUGUCAACACUGAAGAGAAUCACUGCUUUUCACAAUGCUCAUGACCUAUCAAGAUGGGACUUGUUUGGCUGCAACUACAAGCUAUUGAAAACUGGCAUUGAAAAUGGAGACAUGCCAGAACAGAUUGUUAUUCAUGCACUGCAGUGUACUCAUUAUGUAAUCCUUUGGCAGCUAGCAAAAGUUACUGAAAGCAGUUCCACAAAGGAGGAUCUUCUACGUCUAAAGAAGCAGAUGAGAGUGUUCUGUCAAAUUUGUCAACACUACCUGACCAAUGUAAAUACUGCUGUUAAGGAGCAGGCUUUCACAAUUCUGUGUGAUGUGUUGAUGAUCUUCAGCCAUCAGAUUAUGACAGGAGGACGUGACAUGUUGGAGCCACUUGUUUACACUCCUGAUUCUUCCUUGCAAUCUGAACUACUCAGUUUUAUUUUAGAUCAUGUCUUCAUUGAUCAGGAUGAUGAUAAUAAUAGUGCGGAUGGACAGCAGGAUGAUGAAGCCAGCAAAAUUGAAGCAUUGCACAAAAGAAGAAACCUGCUUGCAGCUUUCUGUAAGCUCAUUGUGUAUACUGUGGUGGAAAUGAACACAGCUGCAGACAUUUUCAAGCAAUAUAUGAAGUAUUACAAUGACUAUGGUGAUAUUAUUAAAGAAACGAUGAGUAAAACAAGACAGAUAGACAAAAUCCAGUGUGCUAAAACACUUAUUCUUAGUUUGCAGCAGCUCUUCAAUGAAAUGAUUCAAGAAAAUGGUUAUAAUUUUGACAGAUCAUCACCAACGUUCAGUGGCAUAAAGGAGCUUGCUCGACGUUUUGCUUUAACAUUUGGAUUGGAUCAGUUGAAAACAAGAGAAGCUAUUGCUAUGUUACACAAGGAUGGCAUAGAAUUUGCUUUUAAGGAGCCUAAUCCACAAGGUGAGAGCCACCCACCAUUAAAUCUGGCAUUUCUUGACAUUCUCAGUGAGUUCUCCUCGAAACUUCUCAGACAAGACAAAAGAACAGUGUAUGUUUACUUGGAGAAGUUCAUGACCUUUCAGAUGUCUCUACGAAGAGAAGAUGUGUGGCUUCCUCUCAUGUCCUACCGGAACUCGUUAUUAGCCGGUGGGGAUGAUGACACCAUGUCAGUGAUUAGUGGAAUCAGUAGUCGAGGAUCGACAGUAAGAAAUAAGAAGACAAAGCCAGCAACAGGCAAGCGGAAAGUACCUGAAGCUGAAGAAAGCAGCAGUAGUGACAGUAUGUGGCUGAACAGGGAGCAGUCAAUGCACACCCCAGUGAUGAUGCAGACACCUCAGCUCACCUCCACGAUAAUGAGGGAGCCCAAGAGAUUGCGACCCGACGAGAACUACAUGGGUGUCUAUCCUAUGCAGCCCGAGCACCACCAACCGCCGCUCGACUACAACACGCAAGUAACGUGGAUGUUGGCUCAAAGGCAACAGGAAGAAGCCGCGCGACAACAACAGGAGAGGGCAGCGAUGAACUACGUCAAGCUGAGAAGCAACUUGCAACACGCCAUUCGACGUGGCACAAGUCUAAUGGAAGAUGAUGAAGAGCCAAUUGUUGAAGAUGUGAUGAUGUCAUCAGAAGGGCGGAUUGAAGAUCUUAAUGAAGGCAUGGAUUUUGACACCAUGGACAUAGACCUACCACCAUCAAAGAACAGGAGAGAACGAACGGAACUAAAACCAGAUUUCUUUGACCCCGCUUCAAUCAUGGAUGAAUCGGUUCUUGGGGUGUCAAUGUUUUAAUACCAGAGCAGCAAAUAAAUCAGUGGUGAAGUCAUUUUCUAAGUGGAAGAGGAAGUUUUUCAAUACAAAAUUGUGGUAGAUACAGUGAAAUUCUGAACAGAUUUUUCUCUAAGGAGAAUGACAUGCUUUCAAGAUCAAGUGCAUUGAAGGGGCAGUUUUGUUUGCCUGAAAGAAAAAAGAAAUGUAAAGGACAAGUAAACAAUUGAGGAUAAGCUACACUUUUUGUUGGGAAAAAAAUUCAAUAUUUUAUUUAUGUGCUAUCAGUUUAUUUCUGGAUCAUAAGAAGUAUUCCCUCUGAGUUUUAAUCUUAACAGUCUGAGAGGUGUUUGGUACAGAUUUGAGCCCCUCUCUAUACAUUUGCUGGCUAUACUAAAUAAUCACGAGCUCUGCUGGAUUGCUGUUCAUGUCCAUGAGCUGUAAUAGUAGAUGGAUUGGUUUUCUCACAGUGUAGAACGAACCAGAAGAGUUGUCAGUAUUUUCAAUGAAAUGCAAACUUCAGCAACAGAAGGUUUGUAUCAAUUAAUUAUGGAAAAAAUACAUAAAGCAGAAUUUUAACAGCUUUUUAAUCUAAAACACACUUUUUAUUCCAAAAGCUUCAUGUUAGCCUUCUCAGAAAGGUCCAUAAGCUAUAAGCUACCAGAACGUAACAGAUUUCACUCUUGCUUGCCCAUUACCAACCCUGAAAGUUUGCUUGUCCUUUAAGAAAAAUGUAAUGUUGUGAAAUUCCUUCCAGUAGUGCCACUGUAUUUUGUCUCCAAAUAAAAGAAGCUUAUUGUAGUAUGUUUGCAGAAAAAUUCUAAACAAAAAUUAUACAGCUUAUUAGAGUGUGGGAAUAGGGAUCUAAAUUUUAAAUAAAAUUAUAUAUAUAUAUAAAUUGGUGCUGAUUUUAUAAUUGCGCAGUUUGUUUAGUUUUUUCUUACUUUUAAAUUCCAACUUAAAAUUAUGAGGUUUCAGAAAUAUAUUGAAAGUUUAACAAUGUUUAAAAAUAGAAGAGCAUGAGAAUUCAUGCUUUAAAAAUGAUUUUUAAAUUUGUAUUUUAUAUUGUUUUAUCUAUCUGUCUUUGCAAGCAGUCUUCAGGUUAAAGAUACUUCUAACAGGUUACAGUACAUUUCCUCUAUAUGUAAAUUAGAUUGGAUAAUAGAAACUCAUAAACAACCCAUAAUAUUCUUUAAAAGCUAAGCUUUAAAUUUCAUUUUGUGUCCAUUCACAAAUAAAUUAAAUUUGGUCUAAAACAGAAAGUGGAUCUAUGCCAUUUUGACAUUGACUCAUUUUGCAAGGCUUAGGCAGCUAGACAUCAUUUUAAAGGAAAUAUUAACUUAUAUUACAUAUGUAUAUUUUUUGUCAGUUGUCUCUCAGUUCUUGAGGUAUAUUAUUUUAAUCAUUCCAUGCCUUAAUACGCUUGCAAUACAAGAAUCUCCCCAAAUGGGUGAAUACAAAAAGGCUUCCUGUUUUUAGACUCAGAAAUUAAACAUUCGGCUGUGGUAGCCAAAAACCAUAGAUUAUCUAAAGGAUCAUGAUAAAAUAUAAUUAUUUUACUAGGUCAUGGGGUAACAACAAAAUGAAAACUAGAUCUGCCUAACUCAUUUUACAUAAAUAAAUACUCUCAUGUCUAAAAGUACUGCCUAUAUUGUUUUCCACACCACUGCAUUUAAUAGAACUGCUGAGAGGACUGUAUAUAUGAUUUUAAACUUAAGUUGAUUUUUCUUACUCUUGAAGGAGUGUUUCUUUGUGAAAGCAGUUCUUACAGCUUUGUUUUCAACCAGCUAAAAAUGUUUUAUAUAUUUACCUUAACCUGUUGUCCUCCACAUUCUAUUGUCCUAAUUGUACUGUUUUCUGAUUUGUAUUUAUGUCUUGAGACAGUAACUUUUUGAAUAAAAAUAAACCUACAGUAUGUUGUAUGUUUGAUCUUUUUAAAUUGGGGGUUAUGGGAGGACAGUGAAGAAAGGGGUAUGAGUAAUGCAAAUGUUAUGUUUAUAGAAAUCAAAAUCUUUUUCCAUGUCUUUUAAGUGUUUGUCUCAGAGUUGGGAUAAUGUAUGAAAAACUGCACUGUUUUAUAUUUGUAAUAAAUUGUACAAGUUUUUAAAAUGUGAAUAAAGCACUAAUUGGGUAAUAAUUUAAAGCAGAAAAGUUAAUGCAAUCAUGAUUGUUUUAAAUAUGCUUUAAUUUGAGAUAAACUUGUUAAAAGAAUUAGUGUAAAUACAGAGUGAGCUUUUGAAGAGGUUAGUACCUGCAAAUAAAAUUUUUAAAAUUUGUAUAGAACUUUUACAUGCCAAGAAAGCAGUGGUUAAUUAUUUUUGUGUUACGUUUUUUAAAGAUGUAUUAAUAACCUUUCUGUUGGUUUCUUUUUCCUAAUAACUAUUACCUGAUUUUACUUAGAAUGCUUUUGAUUCUGACAUUGGAGAUGCUGUACAUAGUCCAAUGGAAAUACCAUUAAUUGUGUAUGCUACUUUCCAUUCCAUAAAUUGAUCAUACACCUGGUAAGCAUUUUGAGCUUAAUUGGCCAGACAGCAAGGGAAUGAGGGGAAAACCCUAAAAAUCCCCUCCCAUUCCCCUCUCCUCAACUACUGAGCACCUCCAGCUGGGAAUUGAAAACUCCUUUCUGAUACAAGACUUUUUAAAGCAGUAAUUUUAAGAUCUUAGAGAGAGAAAACUUUUAAUCCUUGAUAAUGUAACCUUAGGAGUUUUGGGUUGGUUAUCAUUUCAGUUAUGAUUAUUGCAAAUGUUCAUUAUUCCUGUCUCUAAAUCCUGCUGUAAGUUCAAUAGUAUCUUGUGGAAGAUUGUUUUAGUAAGUUCUAAGUUUAUAAUGCAAGAAAAAUACCUUCACUAUACAAUGUAAAGUCUGUUCUAGUUAAACUGCUUUGGUACAAAAGCCUGUAAAUGGAAGAAAUUGGAGUUUUGAAGAGAGAUGAUAAAAAUGUAGACAAAAGCAAACUAUUCAGAGAAAGUAAAGCCUGUCCUCUGGUUUACCAGAGAGGCCACAGGGAAGGUAUUGACACAGAAUGAAUUUCAAAGGAAUAGUUUCCACAUAUUCUGUAAAAAGUAUUUCUUGAUAUUAAACAACCAAAGACAAUAUGUAAGACGUUAGUGAUGGCUGUUGUUUGUUUGUUUGUUUUGUUUGUUUUCUCCUUUGGAUGGUGUGAUACUGAUUCCUGUAGCGUGUUAGAGAUCAUAAAUCCCCAUCUUUAUUCUCAGUAUAACUAAAAAUGCACCUCUUUAAAGCCUGCCCCUCUGUUUCCCCCCUAAUUUACCCAUACACUUGUCCUUGUGUGGGAUUUCAGCACAGCAAUACAAUUAACUUCCUACACAUACUGGAUUUUUUGAGCUGCUUUGAUUCGCAACAAUGCUCUGCUACUUUUUUACCUAUAGAUUUUUUUUUUUUUUAAUUAUAGCCUGAUUAACAUCAAGGACUUGUUCAUUCUUUGAAGCAUUUGUCAGAAUUGUGAAUUUGUGCUUCAGAAUUCUUUUGAUAAAACACAAAUUGAUUCUUUAAGAAAUAUUUUCAUUCCUACUUAACUGCUUUAAUUUAAUAUUCUUUGACUAAUUUGUGAUACUGAAAUGUAGCUUAUGCCAUUGCCUCAUUUUUCAUAAUCCUAUGCAAUUUCUUGUCCUGAGAUUGUUUAAUUUCAUACAUAUUCAUUGGCAUCCAAAAGUGAUCAUAUUUUUGAUGGAGGUGGAUGAUGACAUACUCAGAAGACAAGGUAAUGCAGGACAAUACUGUUCAAUAAUAAUUGUCUUUUAAAAGUAACAAUUCCAUAUGAAUUGUGCCUGCCAUUUUCCUCAGCUGUCAUUUUCUCCUGUAUCCCUUCUUCAUGUUGCUGUUCUUUCUCUAAUCCAUUUCUUUGAUCAAAUCUCAAUUUUCAUAUGUCUUUAGAAGUUUUUACCAGUUAGAUGUUGUUACAACUGUUGCAAAUGGUGCCUUCCAGCUAGAGAUUCAGUUGCUGCUUUUUGUUGUGGUUUUUUGGAGCUACUGCCAGGUUUUAUGGAUGUAAAUCAUAGUGGCAGUACAGUGGUAAGAAGCUAUAAUUGUGCCCAGAAAAAUGAUCCAAAGUGUGGUUGGGUGGCUGGCUGACAGAAAUGUCCCUGUCCUUGAGAGAAUGUGUACAAUUCCAUAAUGUCAUCAUGCUUCCCAAACCUGACUGUGUCGUUUCUGCUGAGCUUUUCUCAGCAGUUUUUUGAUUGGAAAAUAAGAGGAAAAGUCAUCAUGUUUUGUGUAUAUUAACAGUUUUUGUCCAAGAAAAAGCUGCAGUUGCCAGCUUUAAAAGUGAAAGUUGUGUUCAGCUGAUAACAGCUUGAAUUCUGCACUUUUCAGAAAAGCUAUUUAAAAGAACCUAAUGAAAUAAAAGUAAUAAAACCUCUGGAGGCCUAGAACAUCUCAAAUUAGGAAGGGGAGAUGUGAAGUUGGUAGUUACUUUGUGAAAGCAUUCAUGUAAUACAACAGGACCUGGGAGAAUGGAUUCAUGAGCUUGCAGAGAGUUUCCUGUUGGUUGAGGUGGGUGAUGGCAGGUGAGAGAUCCGUGCACACAGCAGCAGCUUGUUCCCAGACUGGUGGGCUGUGGGUACAGCUCAAAUGAUUUCUCAGAAAUUUAGCAGGGAUGCUCUCCUUGUGCCCAUCUAGCCCUUCUCUACACUACUCAUUCAGUACCUUUGCCCUUAGGCUUUUGUCCCUAAAUCCCCUGUACCGUCUGUAGGGCCCUGUGCUGUGGGACAUUGGUGUGAGCCUGUGCUGUGGUUCCUGCAGCUCCUGGGAGGGCUGGGCUGGCUCAGGGCUGCAGCACCCUCAGAUCCUGAGCUGCCCAGCACUGGGGGGUCCAUGAUGGAGAGCUGAGCCCCUGUGUCCUGGCCAGGAGCUCCACAUGGCACCUGUUUGCCAGGCCAUGUUGCCACCAGGGAAGCCUUCAGUUGGCUGCUGCCUUGUGAAAAGCAGUUAAACCACAGCUCUCGAGUGACAAAUGCACCCAUCUCUUAUUAUUUUAACGCACUCUUUUCACAGGCUUAAAUUCUGUUUUCUUCUUUUCAAACUGCUGCACUCCACCAAAAGCAAAAAAAGCAAACCACAUCCACUUGUUUUUCAUAUCAUGCACAAAAGCACUUAAAGAUGUGGCGUAUCUUAUAUUUAGCCUGCUCUUUAUUGUUCAUCUUAAAGCACUGAGCUGUCUUUUACACAACUGUUCUUACGUAUCAACUGACAAAAGCUGUCUUUCCAUUAUUUCUGUCGCCAGUUUAUAAUCUUCUGAAUCUUGAAAAGCAGAUUUCUUGGGGUGGUUUUUUUCAACUGAAUUCUUCCAUUACAGACAAGAAUCAAAGUGCUCUGUGAAACCUAGCGUGGAUUAGGGAAGUGGCAUUGUCAGUGAAAACAGUAUCUUGUCAGUUCCAUCCUGUUUGAGGGACUGAUGGUGUUACAGUUUAAGGGCUUAUUGUGUAAAUGUUUGUAACUGGAGAAAUCUACAGAUUUGGACUAUUGGUCCUUUCUCUUGUUAGGGACCCUUUUAUUCUUGCUCAUAUCAAUAGCUUGUGUGUGGUGAAAGCAGUUUGUUGAAAUACUGUGGAGUAAAAGAAGCACAUAUUCUAUUUAAAGCUGCUUUCAUUACAAAUUCUCUCUUUUAUUUCUUUUUUUAACCUUGCAGUGCUUCAUCUACUUCAGACUGACUUUUAACUGCAUAGUUAAAACUCACUUGGGUUGGAUUUGUAGAUCUGACAGAGAGAAAGGUGCCCUGUAGAGCAGAGAGGCUGCCAAUGAUGCAAUAUCAGCUGUUUGUGUUGGCUUUUCCUGGGAAUUGUUUCAAGUUAGCCAAAGAGAAAUAGGCUGUUUGUGUUUGUUCUGGCACAAUACUGAUUUGUCUCAGAUUGUGACAGAGCUACAGAUUUUGUGGAUUUAGACAGUUUAGAAGCAUUUUCUCUCCACAUGCUGUUUCUGUAGUUAACAGUGUUCAAUGCAGGCCACUUGAUCCAUUAGUAAAGUUCAAAAUAUAUGUAUGUAUUUUAGUUUUUUCUUAGUCCCUACUCACAAGGAAAGUCAAAUUUCUUCUUUUCUUUUUGAAUUUGAUUUGCUGUUAAUCUCUCAUUCAUUUAUAAGAAUCAUGUGUGGAGUGUUCCAUGGAGCCAAACCACAGCACUCAGUGAUGUAUAACCAAAAGUGUGGUAACUUGGCAGGGUGAGGCUUGGGGGUGGGUAACGACUGGUGUUGUACCAACCACAAACAUUCACACAAUGACAGCUCCACAUCUCCUUCACACUGGUGUAACUCACAUCUGGAGAGCAAAGAUGCUCUGACCAGUUGCCACGUUGGGCCCUGGCCACCGUGUGCUUCCUCCUCAGGCUCUGCCUCCUGCGUGGUAUGAGACAUGUGCCCAUCUUCUCUGAAAUGGCAGUUAAUUAUUAUUAAUUAUCAUUCCUAUUAUCACCGAGCUGUCAGCAGCCUUCCCAGUCCUGUAACCCUGGGUCAGCCACCUUAUGACUCCCCCAGUUCAAUUUU